AUGGCGAGGUCUUCCAAGACGAUGGCGGCGGCGGCGGCAGCUCUGCUGGCCCUGGCCCUGGCCCUGGAUACGACCGCCGAGGCGAGGAACAUCAAGACGACGACGACGGAGAAGAAGGCGGACAACGACGCGGUGGUGCAGCCGCAGACCUUCCCGCCCUUCGACCGCCUCGGUGGCGGCGCGUCCCCGGCGUUUGGCGGCCUCCCCGGCACCUCCGGCGGCAGCAGCAUUCCCGGGUUCAGCCUCCCCGGCACCUCCGGCAUCCUCCCUGGGUCGUUCUUCCCCGGCAGCGGCAGCAUCGGCAGCAUGCCCCUCUUCGGCGGCGGCUCCCCGGGCUUCAGCGGCUUCGGCGGCAUGCCCGGCUCCCCCACCGCCGGCUCCGUCCCCGAGCACGCCAACAAGCCCUGA